AUGAGGCAGCUGGGGAUGAGGCGCGCGAGUCUCUCUGCCAGCCUGAAGAUCGGGGAUCGCCGGGGCUCUUGCCGGACGCGGGAGGAGGAGGAGGUCCACUUCCCGUUUGGGCAGGACAGCCUGGUAAAGCAAUGGAGCUCCAUGCAGAACGUGACGGACAGAAACCAGGAGAAGAGCAAAGCUCCCAUCCAAAGGAACAAGUACUUGCUCAACAUUAAUGUGGGCGGCAAAUUGUUCCAGAUAGCUUACAAGGUGGUGGCCCAGUAUCCCAUCACCAGGCUGGGGAAGCUGGCUCUUUAUACAGACCCCAUGAAGAAGCUGCAGCUCUGCGAUGACUACUCGGUGCAGAAGAACGAGUACUUCUUCGACAGAGAUCCUUCAAUUUUCCACUACAUCUUCCACUUCUACCGCAGUGGGGUCCUGUGGAUAAUGGAUGAGAUGUGCCCCAGUAACUUUGUGGAGGAAAUCGAGUACUGGGGAAUCCAUCUGAAAUACACCCAGCGCUGCUGCCGGAUCCUGUUUGAGGAAAAGCAAGAUGAACUCAGCGAGUAUCUGAAAAUACAGAAGGAGCUGGAGGCAGAACUGGAGCCCCUGGACUCCGGGGAGCAGUUUGAGGGCAAAUUUCUGGGAGGGUUUCGAAAGAUGAUCUGGAACCUGAUUGAGAACCCGUACUCUUCUGUCGCAGCCAAGAUCAUUGCCGUCAUGUCGAGCUUCUUUGUGCUCAUCUCCAUCGUGGGCAUGACACUGAGCACAGUGGAGGAGAUGAAACACAAGACAGGGAAGAUGUGGAUGGAGCAGAUGGAGAUGGUCUGCACCAUCUUCUUCACCACCGAAUACAUCAUGCGGCUCAUCUCUGCCUCCACCUUCAAGAAGUUUUUGCGGGCAGCUUUUAAUGCCGUAGACCUGGUGGCCAUCCUGCCGUUCUACAUCCAGCUCCUCUUUGAAAACCUGGACGAAGGAGACACGCUUUACCACGAGGAACUGCACAAGGUGGAGAAUGUGAGCAAGCUGGGCAAAGUCCUCAAGCUCAUCAAGCUCAUGAGGAUCUUCCGCAUCCUCAAGCUGGCACGCCACUCCACCGGCCUCCGGGCCUUCGGCUUCACCAUGCGCCAGUGCUACCAGCAGGUUUGCUGCCUCUUCCUCUUCAUCGCCAUGGGGGUCUUCACCUUCUCGGCUCUCAUGCACUCGGUGGAACAUGAUGUCCCAGGCACCGACUUCACCAGUAUCCCCUACGCGUGGUGGUGGGCAGCGGUAAGGAUGGUGGCAUUUGCCUGCAUCUCCUUCGGCAUCAUCCUCAACGGCAUGCCCAUCUCCAUCCUCUACAACAAGUUUUCUGACUACUAUGCCAAGCUGAAGUCCCACGAGACCAGCAACUCACUCAAGCUCUCCAGGAGGCUCCGCUUGAAGGAGCGAGUCCUGCGGAAGCUGUCGGAGUGCUGCAGGGCUGACCCCCGUUGUCACCACUGA